CACCAGCAUUCGCUCCCAGCGAUCAAGCGUUGAAAGCAGCCCACAGCGCAGGCAUUGAGCGUUCAGAAGAAAAGCCCGUCUAUUCCGGUGGAUCCGCCUCGUAUGCGCAAGCUCUGCUCGAAUUUCCUUAUGGUCGGUUGAAAAAGGGUCACCUCGUUUUUUAUCCUUCGCAUUCUUAUCCCUUCCGUCACUCUGCCUUUUGACUUGCUAUAGCUUAAAAGCAGCGCUCGGAUUUGCAGUGAUCUCACCUCCCUUCUCGGGUAACGCUUUGACCAGCUUUGCGAACGCGUUUUCCGCUCCAGACGACACCUGGGUUUCUCGUCUUUCACGGCAGUUUGGCUGGAUAAAAAUAAAGGUUUUCAAAAGAUUUGGUGGCUUGGUUUGUGGGAAGUCGCACUUUCGAAUGCUGCUUGGUACCCGGAUAUCUCAUCGGAAAAAGAAUAAAUAAACUUUCGAAAGUUUCUGAAGAGGUCUAUCUCCAAGAACCGUGGUCGGCAUUCUUGUGUAGUAUAGAUCGCGCCAACGGUCGCUGUCAGGUCAACAAGGGCAUCUGGAAUCGGUUCCUCGUCGGCCUUUGAGCCACAGAGAAAUCAAACUCACGGUAAAAAUAUUUGGCUUUUUCCAGAGCCCAGGAUGUCUGGUAAUACUCCGACGAGGUCGUCCCUGCGAGAGGGCUUACGACAGGCGCCUAAAUCCCACCAGCCUUUUAUCCCCGAUACUGCCCCAGUCCGACGUUCGAACGUCCAUAAUCAACACAAUGCCCAUAGUACGCAUUCAUCUCCACAGCCGGCAGCAACUCCCUAUAUGAACCAUGCGCACCUUGUGGCAAACCCGAACACUGCUCAUGGUCAAUUGAUGAUUGACCAUGGGGAUGGAAAGGAGCAAAUAUUGGUCCCAAUGUCGACGCGUGAGGUCUUCACACCGGGGAACAGGCCUGGUCUUUUUCUAAGCCCAGCCGACAGGAGGAAACUUGCUAAGCAACCAGACUUUUAUGACCCUUAUUUUCCUCUCAGGUUUGUCGAGGUUCCUAAAUCUGAUCACAUCUACAAACGCGCUCAUUAUGGUCUGCAAUCCGGAAUUCCAGAUGAGGUUGACUUUGCACUAUAUCAUCUUGUGCAGAUUUCUAACCAACGAUGGGACAAAUUCAAGUUUGAAGGGUUCCCAUUGCUCGCCGAAACCCUCAUGGAGAAGGCCAUGGAGAUUACCCUUCUCUGCACUGGCAUUCGGUGGGAGCUCCAGUAUGAUUUCAGACAACCGACUGGCAGAGUCAACGUGUUGAAUUCAUUACGUGGCACGCGGAAUAUCUUAGAAAAGAUCAAGACGCUCCCAAUAGUUUUGCCCGAGGAUACUCUUGAAACCUACGAAUUUAACCACCACCUUCGAAAUAUCAAAGAGGCCACGCUAGUUAUACGGAACAUGGUCCUACUGAGGGAGAAUGCUUAUUACGUGUCACGCUAUGCUAAGGGCCUGUUACGAGACUUCCUGGUAAUCCUAAUCAAUCUUCCGAAUCAACCUCGUUUGAACGAAAUAAAGAACGACGCGCUGGAUAUCGCGGAGGAGGUCACUAAAUUUAUGACGACCGAUCCGGAUGAUCCACUCUGGAUAUCCCUAGUUGGCUGUCUUGAGUCCUCAGAUCGUGCUCACAUUGUCCGAGCACUCUGGGCCAUGACACAUUUCUCAACAGAAGUCGAGUAUCCGGAAAACAAUCGAGCGAUGGACCGCGUGUCUACACAGACAUUACAGCAGUUAUUCUAUCACACCCUCCUAGACAUGGACAAGGAUGUUCUCAGCGGUGCACUAGAUUUCUGGUACCAGUAUACUCUCAACCCCGACAAUGUCGAGAGGUUAAUGGGCAUUUUCAAUUUCCCGUCGGUCUUCGUUCCCCGGAUGAUUACUCUAUUAACCUACGAAGGACGCCCUGCCAAGAAAGAAACGGUGCUCCAGGAAGAAAAGGUGGCCCCAGCACCUGCAGAAAUUCCGCGUGUACCGCCUGAAUUACUCAAAGACUUGAUGGAGCUCGGGGAGCCAGAACGCAGCUCCCGCUGGCUCCGUUGCUGUUUUGUCGAGGACCCCGAAUGCGAGAUCACACAGAUUGCCCUAUGGCAGGCAUAUCAGAGUCGGUUUGCAGACCCCCGUGUGCUGGGAGGUGGUGUCCUCCCUGCUGCGGAGUUCAUCAAAAACGUAAGCACGACAUUCAGCAACGCGCAGGCGCAAGUCAUCAAUGGACCCGGUUCUGCGACCAAGUUUAUUAUCAAAGGUAUCCGACCUCUAGAAACGGCAUACACUUUCCAGGGGUUCCCGUACAGUUACUGCAAGUGGGCAGAUAAUAGAAAGCCCUCCAAGACGUGCCAACGUGCCUUCGCCACCCCUACAGAACUCCGUCACCAUGUCUUCACAGACCACAUGAACCUCAAGCCCACCGAAAACCCGGGUCACUACAAUCUGGAGAAAGCAUCAUCACCCACCCACACCUGUCUCUGGGAUAACUGUAGCAAGUUCCGCUCUUCCGGCCCCAGCGCUAAUACCGCCAUGGUCGCCGGCCACGUCGCGUCCCACCUACCCGAGGAACGUCCCGCAGAUGCGGAACCGCCUAGCCAGAAGCGCCCAGUAUUACAGGACCGCAUCGUGCGCAAAUGGUUCUACAUGGACACGCCGUGCAAUGAACGCGGAGAGCCAUUCGGGAUUGCUUACAAAGCCGCCCUCGUUCUUCGCAACAUCGCGUGGAACCUGCCUACCCGCAUCGCACCGCCGGAAUAUAACGGUCUUUCGUGGAAGCAAGCAGUGUUCCUCAGCCAUCGUCCAAAGAUCAUCGAUACGUGGGAUCGGAAUCGGUCCUUGCGCAAGGAACUGACUGAGUUGAUCAUGACAAUAGAAAAAGAGGAUGAUUAAUGUUUUUUCCACCCACGCCUGACAUCUUGUACUAUUAAUACCCUGUUUAUUUUUCAUUUAUUUAUCUAUUCAUUUUCUUCUUUAUUUCUCCCAGGCUACCAUCUUGUAACUCUUAUGAUUCUUAUCGCCUUUUCUCUUGUUCAUGCCCUGCUAAAAGUUACUGACUAUGAGAUCUUGCUAUUACAUGGUAAGUGAGUGAGUGAGCGAGGUGAGGUUUCCUUUUCAACUUUGCACGCUUUCUUGUUUGGUAAUCGUUGCACCUUUGUUUUUCUCAUUUUCACAAAAGACAGAGCAUAAAUUAGCAGGGGCAAGGGGGGCUUUCUAUUUUUACUUUUAUGUUUUCUCUUUCUUCUCUUUUUAUAUAUUAAAUGUUUUUGUGAUACAUCAGGAGGCGUUAGUGGCCAUGUAUGAGAUAGGUAGAAAUGGAAAUCUGUAUUUCUUUCUUGAAAGGCAUUCAAUGGGCUUCAAACAACUGUAAGUUUUAUUUAUGUAGCUAUAUAGACUUUUGAUUCUAUCAUU